AUGCCUUUAUGGUAUUAUGAUAAAAAAGAACUUAAAUCUACACCAUCUAUUCGUGAUGGUGUUGAUCCAGAAACUGAACAACGUUAUCGACGUGAAGGUUGUCGUUUUAUUCUUGAUCUUGGUAUUCGACUUGGUUUACGAUCAGAAACAAUGGGUACAGGAGCUGUUUUUUUCCAUCGUUUUUAUAUGUUUCAUUCAUUUAAACAAUAUCCAAGAUAUGCCAUGGCAACAUGUUGUUUAUUUCUAUCUGGUAAAGUUGAAGAAACACCAAAAAAAAUUCGUGAUAUUAUGAAAACAGCACGUCAAAUUCUUGAAGGAGCACGUGAACGUUAUAUACCAACAUUAGGUGAUGAACGAGGAGAUUUAAUUUUACAAUAUGAACGUAUAUUAUUACCAACUGUUAAAUUUGAUUUUUGUAUUGCAAGUCCGUAUUCGUUUCUUAAACAAUACGCUAAAACAAUAAUUGGUGAUAAAGAACAAAUACGACAAAUGUUUCAAAUGGCUUGGACAUUUGUUAAUGAUAGUUAUUGUACAACAUUAUGUUUACAAUGGGAACCAGAAAUAAUUGCAAUAGCUGUAUUAUAUCUUGCUUGUAAAUUAUCAAAAUUUGAAAUAACAGAUUGGACAACUAAAAAAGAAAAUAGUAAACAAAAAUGGUGGGAACAAUUUGUUGAAGGUUUAACAAAAGAUAUUAUUGAAGAUAUUUGUCAUCAACAUUUGGAUCUUUAUUCAAAAAAUAAUUUAUCAUCAACGGGUAAUGGUACAAUUGGUAAUCCAUCAGUUAUGCUUACACCAACACAAACAAAUUCAACUGUAACAUCACCUAUACAACCUAUUGCUGUUGAAUCACCAUCAACAACACGAUCGAUUCCACCAGCUAAACGAGCACGAACAGAUGAUGAAUCAAAUUAUCGAUCAUCACGAAAUAAUCAUCAUCAUGCAUCAUAUUUAAGUGCAAAUGUCAGUGGUACUCAAGUAAAUCCUACAGGUCCACUAUUGCCAUCUUCAACAUCUUUUCAUCAUACAUCAACGCACGAUGAUCUAUCUCGGCGAACAUUAACUGCACCGCCUCCACCACCGCCACCACCACCACCACCACCUCCUCCACCGCCUCCACCUCCUCAAUCGGCUGUUGCACCACCACCAUCUCAUCAAAAUUUCUACAUGAGACCACCUAUGCCGCCACCAAUGCCUCCUAUGCCGCCACCUAUGUUUGCGCAAUCUCUUCGUGGUCAAAUGCCUUCUAGUAAUCCAUGGCCACCACCACCACCUCUACCGCCAAUGUAG